UGACAAGCGGAGCUGCGUGGAUUCGACGCGCUGUGCAGCAGCAGCAGCGGGACGAAUGACGGCUUUGAGGAAGUUCAGCUGAACUGGGAGCAGCUGAGCUAGUAGUAUGUGACCCAAAACGAGUUGGUUACAACGUUGCAGAAACGCACAGGAAUUGUACUUGAGCUGAACACUUGGACUGGAUAUGAUUUUUGUUUGCAAUAACUUCACCUGCUCAUGACUGGUUCAAAGUUACACCUACAUAUGCUGGAAGGCAGUAGCAUUCAUGGAUAUUGUGGACACUUUUAACCAUUUAAUACCAAGUGACCAGUUGGACGACUCCCUAAUUAUAGGACAGAAUUUGGAAUGUGAAGCCAGUAUUGAGUUUGGACCAGGGCCCCAACUAGAAGAUUCACUGAAGAACAUGCUCAGUGACAAAGAUCCCAUGUUUGGAUCUGCAAGCUCUCAUUUCAAUCUCCUGGACAAUGAAGACUCUGCUUUUCAAAUAGCUGGCUCCACAGGUCUUGAUGAUGGUUCAUCGUCCAGAGGCCUCACUGGUGAACUGACAGCUACAGUUAAACGACCAAUUGGCAGGCCAAGGAAACGUCCACAAAAUUUAGAAUCUGAAAGUACUGAUGGCCCACAACCUCCAUCUUCAUCUACCAGUGCCAGGCUGAGAGGUAGACCACGGAAGAAACCAUUCAACUGGCUGCAAAAGUCGUUUCUGAUUGAGAAGGGGGUUAGUGGGACCCAACUGAAGCAAGAAUUAACUCUAGGAGGGCGUGUUAAUAUUCAUGAUCUUGAUGGAGGACUGUGGCUGAAUCCUUCAGUUGUAUUGAGGCGAUUGACAGUCACAAUUGGAGGAUUCAGGAUUGAGUUGCUUCCAGGGCCCUCUUACACACAAAAUGCGAUUGCAACUCAGUCUGAAUGCUUUGAUGAUGGUUUUUCAUAUAGUGGGGACAUGGGAUUUUCCAUGUUGCAGGAUGAUUCUGUAGGUAUACAGCAUCCUAUACCAGAGACUGCAGAACUAGAUGAAAUGGAGAAGACUUGUUUAGAUGAGGGACCCCUUGGGCUUGGCCCAUAUGUGAACCCCAACGAUGUACAAACUGCAAACGGCACACUAAUGGAGAUUCCUUACAUAGUAGAGACAAAAUCUGACAAUCGUGAUGUUCCUGGAAAACAGAAGACUGUCAAUAAAGAAGAUCAUGGCACCAAACGGCCACCACCAAAUGAUGGAAAAACUGAAGCUCAUAAGACUGAUGGUAAGAAAAAUCAACAACUCGGACCCAAAAAACUGGUGACGCUGAAAUCUGGACUGAGUUCGGAUAAAGAUCCAGGCUUGAUUUCUCAUAAACCGUCGAAUGCGAUGAAGGAACCUAAAGAAUCCCAAGACAUGCGAUCAGCAAACGUCCAAGGUGGAGAAUUGCACAAAGUGAAAUCUCCAAAAGAAAAAGGCUUUGUGUCACUGAAAAGACAUGGUGACCAUGCGCAACGUGUGCAUCCAAAUAAAGUGCAAAGGCUAGAGGUCACAGGAGAUGCUAAAGUGAAGCCAAAACCACUAAGUCCUUUUGGCAACCGUCAUGGUGAUCAGCAGGGUCAAAGCAAACAUACUCCUUCACACGAUAUGUCGAAAGCUGAGACUGUUCACCUGACACAUGGUCAUUCAGGCCAUUCUUUAAAAACAAUUGAAGAUGACAGUCACGAAAAGUCCAAAGUGAAGAAGCCUGAAAAAAUUCUUCAAAGACAGAAAAGUAAAAAUGCAAGAAGCAUCUCUGUGGAUGAGCCUGAGCUCUUCAUCCCAGAUAACGCUCCUGCUGUGAAGAAAGAACCUGUUGUCGAGCAACCUGCUGCUAGUGAUGCUGUUUGGGAUGGAAACAACUGCUGUGGUCUAUGCAAGCAACACCAUAACAAUAUGAUCAUGGUCGGCUGUGGUCGUUGUGAUGACUGGUUCCAUGGGGACUGUGUCGGUCUUGACAUGACGAAAAUACGUGAAAUGCAGGAAGAGGACCAGAUGUAUGUAUGUUUGAAGUGCUGUGAUGAAGAAAGCACAAAGGUGGAACCUGAGACUCCGAGAACAACUUCAGAAAGUCAAGGAAAGAAUGAGGUACAGGAUCACAAGCUGCCUGUCAAACCAAAGCCAGUACCCUCCCACACAGUUGCAUCAGGGGGGGUCAGGACAGGAGGAAAGGAUUCUGAAAGAAGGCACUCAACAGAUGGCAGGGAAGCAGCUCAUAAAACAGGAGCUCAACUGAAACAGGAUACAAAAAAUAAGAUGCCAUCUUCAACUGCGAAGAAACCUGUGUCGUCAGAAGAGAUAAGGCGGAGCGUGCGUGAUUCUUUGAAGGAAAUACUUAUUCAAAGGGUAAGGGUGUCCAAAUUGGAUGUCUCAUUGGAGAGAGCCACUGAAGUUGCCAAGAAGACUGAGAGGGAGCUCUUUCACUUGUAUAAAGACACUGACAACAAAUACAAGAACAAGUACAGAAGUUUAAUGUUUAACCUCAAGGAUACAAAAAACAAUGUCCUCUUUAAAAGAGUUCUGAAAGGAGAAAUUUCACCUGCUACCCUGAUUCGAAUGAGUCCUGAAGAGCUGGCUUCAAAGGAAUUGGCUGCUUGGCGCCAAAGGGAAAACAGACAUACAAUUGAAAUGAUUGAGAAAGAGCAGAGAGAGGUCGAGAGAAGACCCAUCACCAAGCUAACACACAAAGGUGAAAUAGAAAUCGAGAGCCAAGAACCAGUUAAAGUGCCUGCAGAGCUUCAGCCUCCUCCCAAAGUAAUCAAAGUAAUGACAGACCCUGAAAAAGCACCAGCAAAGAAACCAGAGAGUACUAAAGACGAAAAAGAUACCACCAGCCAACACAAGUCUCAUUUGUUUGACCUACACUGCAAAAUUUGCACAGGUCAUAUGGUGCCACCUGUUGAGGAGGCACAGACCAAAGCUGUAAAAGUUGCUACCACAGUAAUAAGGAGGCAGUCGACCAAAGUAGAAGAGACAAAGAGCACGCCUCCACCUGUAACUGAUGACGACCUGCACCUCACUGUUUUAGAGGAGAGCUUCCGAAGUGCUCAGUCAGGAAACUAUGAAGGAAGGUUGGACCACACAACGGCAAAAGGAGAAGAGAUUACUUUCCUGUCCACCCUGAAGUCACUGUGGCGUGGAUUCAUUCAUAUGCAUUCUGUGGCAAAACUUGUCACAAAAGCGUUUCCUGUUUCUGGCAUUUUUGACCAGUUAACUGAGGAUCUUCCAGACAGCAUUCAGGUUGGUGGAAGGAUAACUCCACAGAUAGUGUGGGACUACUUGGAGAAGAUUCGUGCUACUGGAACAAAAGAGGUGUGCCUGAUUCGCUUCUCCCCUGAAACAGAAGAAGAUGAGAUCUCUUAUACUCUUCUGUAUGCAUACUUCAGCAGUCGAAAGCGUUUUGGGGUGGUUUCCAAUAACCUAAAACAAGUGAAAGACAUGUAUCUCAUUCCUUUGGGCAGCACCGAGAAAGUCCCACACCAGCUUGUUCCCUUUGAUGGCCCAGGUUUAGAAAACAACCGUGCCAAUCUCCUGCUUGGACUCAUAAUUCGCCAGAGGCCAAAAAGGGAUUUUCAUCCAGUAGACGUGAAUGAAACUGCAAGGAUUAUUCCAGAGAUUAAGCCAAUUACCACUGCUACAAAAGAAACCAGAGUCACAGAGGAGGAUGAGAAAUUUUACUUUUCGUCUUUAACUCCUUCACAUGUAAAAGAAGCGGACAAACCACUCAGCACUACUGCAGACGUUAAUGAACCCACUACAGAGACAUCUGAAGAACCAUCUGCAUCAGAAGAGACCACCAAUCAAGAAACACAAAAACCACUGCGUUUUCUGCCAGGUGUGUUAGUUGGCUGGGGUGGGGAAUUGCCACCCCUGCCAGAUUUUGGAGGCAAACCUGCACCCGAGGCAGAUGACACUGAGAUGACCCAGUCAUUUCUGAAAACGGAUGCACCAACUGGUGGAAAUGCCAAAAGUCCCACAGCCGCUGUGCCACGAGACCGCUUUGUCAUUAAGAAAAAAGAAUCCAAACCUGCUAAAGCUGAGGCUGAAGUGUCGGGCAAGGCGGGGCCUGAAGUGUCGGGCAAGGCGGGGCCUGAAGUGUCGGGCAAGGCGGGGCCUGAAGUGUCGGGCAAGGCGGGGCCUGAAGUGUCGGGCAAGGCGGGGCCUGAAGUGUCGGGCAAGGCGGGGCCUGAAGUGUCGGGCAAGGCGGGGCCUGAAGUGUCGGGCAAGGCGGGGCCUGAAGUGUCGGGCAAGGCGGGGCCUGAAGUGUCGGGCAAGGCGGGGCCUGAAGUGUCGGGCAAGGCGGGGCCUGAAGUGUCGGGCAAGGCGGGGCCUGAAGUGUCCGGCCCAAAUGCUACAGAAGCAGCUGCACAUAGUGUGUCAAUUUCUCUCAAAGAUAAGCCUCCAGAUGUCUCCACUGAAGCAUAUUUGGCAAGCUUGUCAACAGCUGCGAGUGGAAAUGAGUCUGGUGGCACUGUCUCAACAACUGAAGGCGAUGCUGACUUCUUGACUGAACUUGAAAAAGAAAAGCCAGAAGAUGACUCUUUGUUGCAGUCAAACUCUGAGGUCUCCGCUUCAGAUCACACAAAUGCAUCAAAACCUCCAGAAAUGGUGAAAAAGGUUUCUUCAUAUUCCAGUGAGAAUGAAGCUGACUCGCCUGUGCUACUUGAGGGUGAAAUCACUUCCUCACCUCCACAGAGUCCAAAACCUGUUCCUGUGUUGAGCAGCACAAGAAGUGAUUCAGUUUCACUAUUUCAUCAACAAUCUUCACAUCUUUCUCAGACAGAGCUGGAAUCUGAGGACCAGGAACAAGCUAACAUGAGCUCUUUUUGCAAUGAAAGUCAAGAUCCUGAUAUUUACCAGCCUGGUGCUACAAUAACUGCUACUGUGUAUCCUCCUGUGGUCCACGAACCACAAGAUGAAUGUUACGCAACCACUUACAUAGAAGCCUCUGAGGUCAGACAAGAUCCGGUAACGUCACCAGUUUAUAACAGUGGUGCACGGCUGCAGCCGCAACAGCCUCAGGUAUAUGGCAGCUAUGAUUACCUCCAUGCUAACACUAUGUCAAGCUCACAGGCCCCGGAUCAUAGCCACGGCACGCUGUGGGCCCAUGAUGGUGCUUCAUACCUUCGUCAUCUGCCUCAGAGCUACUCUGAAUCACCUGGACGACUUCAGUCUGUGGCCAAAGACCACAGGCGCCUAGAAGAGAGAUACUGUGACCCAUGGGAAAGACCAAGAAACAUGGAGGACAGAGACCACCACGGAAGACAUAGCCACCGCAGAGACUCUCAUGGGAGAAAGAGUCGGCACCAUGAGCGGGAGAGAAAGCAUGACCGCAGCCACGAUGACAAACACAGAGAAAGUAGUCGACGUCACGGACACUCCGAGGACCGCCACGGCGAGAGGAGGAAAGAAAGGCACCACAGUGAUGACUACAGUAGUCGUCACAAAGACAGACAUCGGCACAGACGAGACUCUGAUUAUGAGAACGGUAGAAGAAGUUCAAAAGACAGUUUCUCAUGAUUAUAUUAUAAAAUUUUAUUUUUUUUAAAGCACAGCUUGUGAACGCACCCUUGUUUGUAUACUGGUGUGCAGCUUGUAUGCUGUUUUCUUCAUAAGAUGUUACUUUCAUGUUUUUGACUUAACAGCCAAAAUGCUAAAUAUUUCAGUGAUAUUCAUA